GGAUGUGAUAUUGACCGGCGAUAAGAUGGUGCAAACCGUAUAAAAAUCGAUUGCAUGUGAUUGCAGCUGUCAGUUAUUUGCCGAAUGUGAUAGGCGUUGACGUGAACGGAACAACCACGACACAUUUCCGCGAUGAGAGAGAAUUAUUUGGUGCUCAUCGCGUUGGUCACCGCGUCGGGGGUGUUUGCGAUCGCGAGUGCCGACGAUGUCAAGAUACCGACCCAUUGUCCCGAGAAGGAUGCCAAGGACAUCACGGUCCGUCUGAGACACGCGUCCGACUGCAGCAGAUACUACGAAUGUCACCAGAGGAAUAAGAUCCUGCGAGUCUGCCCGUACAGGAACAAGUACGGCGACAGGCUGCACUUCAAUCCCGCUCUGCAAACCUGCGCCUGGCCGGACCUCGCGGUCUGCAAGGACGCCAAUUUCAAUCUGCCGCGCGUGUGUCCGGGCAAACUCAAAGGUUGCAUACGCGUACCGCACGAGACCGACUGCAGCAAGUUCUACCUGUGCGAUUAUGAUCGCGAGGAGGAGGUCACGUGCGCGAAGGGCCUGCACUUCAACCCGGUCAGCCAAAUGUGCGAUUAUCCGAAGAACGCCGGCUGCGAGGCAAGCUGCAAAUGGACGUGCUGUCCGCCGAAGGGCUCCGGCGUGCGGCUGCCUCACGAGUGCUCCUGCGCCAAGUACUACGAGUGCGAGGACGGCGAGCAGGUUCUCCGGCGGUGCCGGGAUGGCAAGCACUUCGACAACCGGCUGAAACGAUGCAGACCCGCCGACGAGGCCGGUUGCAUCGUCCGGCCGAUGGCACCGCCGAGCGACGCCAUCGUCAAGUGUCCCGAAAACGGUAUCGACGGCGUCGUCAAGCUUCCUCAUGAGAGCGACUGCGGCGAGUACUACGAGUGCGUCGCUGGCGAGAUGAUCCUAAGAGAAUGUCAAGCCGGGUUCAGCUUCAACCCUCGCCACGGGAGCUGCGACUCGCCGCAGGACAUCCCGUGCGACGUGAGCCGAUGCUGCAGCCCCGAGGCGACUCCGCCAGUGACGUCGCAACCGGUGGACGAGGAUCAAGUGAACGUGUUACCCUCGGAAAGGGAUCCCGACUGCCCCGCCGAGGGUACCGCCAAGUUACCGUACUCGGAGAACUGUACCCUCUAUUUCGUUUGCAACAACGGCUGGAAGACGAUUCACAGCUGCCCCGUUGGCUUGUACUUCAACCCGCUCAUCAAGGAGUGCGACUGGCCUUUCGAUGAAAUAGUAUGCGAGCCUAAGCCGGCGGAUUUGGCGUUAUUGCGAUCGGGGCUGCCUGCGCAUGAGGGUGGCUCGAGCGAGCCUCACUCGAAGACCGACAUUUGUUACGGCAAAUGCCCGUUCCCCGACCCGAAGGACAGAACGGUGCACUUGCCGGCCAACGACUGCACCAAGUUCUGCAAGUGCAGCAACGGUGUCCCGUACCCGAUGAAGUGCCCGAAGGGUUUGCGCUACGACAGGAAGAAGCAGGUCUGCAAUUGGAAGUGGGCGGUCAAGUGCGAAGACGAUCUCACGAAGGACAAGGCCGCGAAUCCGGCGGGCACGAAUUGAGCUGCCCCGACGAGGAAACACGUUACCCUCCACCGUCCCGGGAUUUUUCCGUCGAUCGACAUGGCGAACCAGAGCGACGAAGGAAGCGAUCGAUGCGUCUCGUGCGAUCCUUCGACGCGCCUUCGUCUCUCCUCGAAAUUCCUACCGCUCUGUUGGCGUACGUGCCAGAAAACAUCAUGUAAUAUCCAUAUGUUUGUAACACGCUUAAGGCGAAUGAUAUUUAAACGAAUUAUCAAAUUGACGAAGAUUAUCAGUCGAUAAUGGAGCCACGACACGAGCUGAGCUUCGUGUAUUCGCAUAUUGAUUAAAAAUAUUAAUUAGGUUAAUCGGAGAAUCUGUCUGUUACGUCACACAACUUUCGAGUGACUUUUAUGUACGUAUAAUAAUAUGUAGAACACAGUUAUACGCGUGUGACCUAUGUAAAGAAGA